UUAAAAGAAAAUCGGAGUUUCGGCUGCCCAAACCGAGUCUGACCCGCUCGCUCAGUCUCUAUCUAUCCUCCGUCCGACUCCAAUUUCUAUUUUCAACAGAAUUUCCCAGUCGAGCAAUCCGAGUGAUAUUUGAUCCACAACAGACUUUACAUGGUGUCUGUCACUCUCAGCUUCAGCUCCAACAAUCCUCUAAUCCCUCCAUAACCCGUUUCUCACAUCAAGGUAAGCACCCCUCUCUCUCUCUCUUCUCUCUCUCUCGACAUGCACAGCAUCUUUACUAAUUCAACCAUAUACCCACUUCGGAGCAAAGGCACUCCUUUUUCCUUCAAUGACUACUCCUACUUCUCGAAUGAGAGGUAUGAUAGAGUCCCAUCACGAUCACCAUCAUGUUGUGGUUGUUAUCGAUGUUAUGCAUUUUCUACCCAUGCGGUGCCCACAAGUCCUAGCUUCUUAUAUGGGCUGAGGCAGUCCACCCUGAUUCAAUGGUCGCUUUCUAGAAGGCUGAUCUUGGGUGGUGGAGACAGGUACUAUUACGGGCUUCCGGUUUAUGGUUUGGAGCGACGUUGUUAUGGUCGUUCUCGUGCCUUGAAGAAGAGGAGUGUCUGUAAUAGUAGUAGGAGAAUAAAUGGAAGAUGUAGUUGUAUGAUUUCUGAGGAGGAAAAUGAAAUGCAUCAUCGGGGUCAUUUCGACGAUGUGGAAUCAUUGUUGAGCUUGUUGAGUGAGGAAGUGGGUACGGAAUCUUUUGGUGAUGUAGGGAGAAGUGGGUAUUCUUGUAAGAGAGUGGAAGUGGGGAAGAGAUCAAGUUUUGGUGGUAGAGAGAGAAAUUCCAGCUCAUCUAGGAGAGCUGAGGUGGUGGAGGGAGGGAAGAGUGGUGGGAGGGAGAGAUAUGUGAGGUCCUCGAAGAGAGGGGACGCGCUUAGGGUGGGGAAUAUUAAUUGUGGAGAGAGAAAUGUGAGUUCAUCUAAGCAAGCGGAGCUGGAAGAGAGGGGGAGGUAUGGUAGUGAAUGUUAUAGUGGGAAGAAAAAUGCUGGCUUGUCUUCCCUUGAAUGUGAUUCAAGGCAUGAACUGCAGUUGGUCCCGAUUGAGUCGAGGGAUGAGGAUUGUGCGCAGGAUGAGGAGUGGGGAACAUUUUCCAAAAAUGAAAAUCGUAGAAGAAGAAAAGGAGGUUCUAGUUCAUCUUAUUACUCAUUUUCGUCUUUGGGAGGUUUUGAGAGUGACAUGGAAGUUCAGGAUAAGCAGGGCAGAUUCAUGGAAGAAUCAUCAAGUGCGUAUAGGGACUCAGGAAAUAGUGGGAAGGAUAAAUUUGAGGCGGAAAUGCAAGUGGGUAUAGAGUAUAAGAUGCAUCAAGAUGAUGCAGAGGCACAGGGUGGUAUCCCUCAACAGAGAAAUACUGCUGUGAGAAAUGGUGUUGAGUGGGAGUGGAGGAAAAAGUCGGAGAAGAAGCUCACUGAAAUAUCAGUUGAAGCAACAGAGUCUAAGAACGAAUCCUCACAAAUGCAUUCACCAGUGUCAAGAGUCUAUGGAAGUAAUCAUGGAAAGACAUCCAGUUCCCACAAGAAAAUUGAGGAUGAGGAAGAGAAUUUAAAACUGAUGAUAAAUAUGGACAAGGAAACAGGAAAGCAAUAUGGUCAAACAGAGAAUCAAGCCUUUGGAGCGUACAAGCCUAGAAGAAAAUACCAGCAACAUACGGAAUUGCCAGAGUUCCCUGCCAGUGAUGUAGAGACAACUUCCUUUCAAAAAAGAAACUUCCAUCAACUCACUGAAAUGUCAGAAAUUGAUGAUGUUGAUGUUGAGAGGAUCUCUGAUUGGCCAAGACAAUCUGAUACUAGAAUGAAUAACCGAGAAGAAAAUUCAAAUUUGGUUGUGAGUUCAAUUCAGCAGAAAGAGAAGCGACACCUCCAAACAGGUGAAUGGACCAGUGAACAGAUUGACUCAGGAAGAAAAUCCCAGAAAGUCACUGGAAUAUCAGAAUUCCAUGAAGGUAAUAUUGAAAGAGCCUCCAUUACACAGCCAGAAACUAGGUUGAAGAGCAAGAGAGAGAAUUUAGAUCUGGUUUCCACUCUAAGUCCAGAAGUGAAGUGGCCACAUCCCAAAACAGAUAAACAAGAUCCUCAGAGAAUCCAGUCCCAAAAGGGAUCUGAAGAUGUCACUUGUAUAUCAGUGGUUCAAGCUAGUGAUAUAGAAACAAUUACAGAUCAAAGAACUUCUGAAAAGGGUAACCUGACAUCACUUGCAAAACCAGUCGAGGAAACAAGAGAAGGACAUGAUCAAACCGAUGAAAUGGUCAAGCAAAUUAAAUCAAUGAGAGAGGGUCAAAGACCUUCUAAAUUACCAACUUUUCAUGAAGAAACCUCAGGAGAGGCCUCUAGUUUCCAAGUGGCUUUGAAUUUGGUUUCCCAGGGUCAAGUACAACAGAUUGAUGUGGAGGAGGAUAAGAGUAGCUCGGAGGCACUGUUAAUUCCUCCACCAUCUCAAUUGGUAUCUAGAAGCUCUCUGCAUGUUGAGAUGACUAGAGGGAAUGCAACCCUAGAGGAGGUUUCAGGUGAAACUUCAGAAAGUGGCUCUAGUGCCUAUUAUACAUGUUCAGGAGGCAGAGUCUCAGCUUUGCAACAUGAAUCAUAUGGUAAAGAUGGAAGUACUGAGACUUAUGGGGAGCCUUUAAACUUUAUCUCUCCUGAAGAUACUCUGGGUUCAGCUGAUCGUUUAGAGAAAUCAUCCGUGCACCAUGUGGAUGAGUUUGUUGAGAAGGUAAGGCAUGAAGUUUUGACGACUCAAAUCCAGAAGGAGAAGAAAGUUUCUGAAAUGAAGCUGGCUUCUGGUGAGUACAGGCAAGAGAGCUCAAGUCAAUUUGUUUCUGAAGACUCUCAAUUGAAGGUGCGUGGUUUGAGACGUUCAUCAGGGGGUUCUGGAACAAAGGGGCCUUCUGAUGAAAUGUGGGAUGUAACGGACUCAUCUAUUCAGCAAACUUCCCAGGCAGAAGGACCACAGGAAACUACAACUACUGGGGAUGUCAUUGUGAAGAGAACUGGCAGGUCCUUGUGGGGUAUCAUAGCUGAUGUAAUUCGACUAAGGUGGGUUUCACAUGCUGAAUCUGCUAAUUUGGUCACAAGGUCAGGUGGAAGGAGUUCAUCAAACAAGUCUGCUAGCAGCGAGACAUGGUUUUCUGGUCAUGAGCAUGAGGAGAACAAUGAUGAGAAUACAAAAAGGGAAAAAAGAAGCAUGCCACCGGAAGUCUUGCCUUCUGAUCGGAAACUAUGUGGGAAAACUUCUAUUGAACGACAAGGAGAAGCCUCUGACACAAUGGGAUCAAAGGAUAAAUUCAGUUAUCUUGAAGCUGAUAAUUUGUCUUCCUUAACUGUAUCAGAAAGUGGGUCAGUGUCAAAAGGUAUUUCCUUGGCCUCUGGAAAUGAAAAUUUAGGUUUCAAUGAAGAUACAAAAGGUCUUCGUGGAACCCAUUCUAGCAUUGAAGAAGUGGGAUUACCAUUAGCUUCGUCUUCUAGAGGCAUAAGCAGGCCUCCCAUUGUAGAAGAAUUUUCUGAAACCGGAGUAACUGCUGCAUCUGGAAGUGCCUCCAUGGACCAGAGGAAGGAACUUGUUAGUGCAAGAUUGACUGAAAUCUCAGGGACCAAGAGAAAGGAUGGGGAAUUGAAACAAAGAAAACUUCAGCGUAAAGAGCAAAUCCCAAGAGAUAGAUUUGACGAAUGGGAGGAAGCAUAUAAACUUGAGAGCGAGCAGCGAAGAAUUGAUGAAAUGUUUAUGAGGGAGGCACUUUUGGAAGCUAAGAAGGCUGCUGCUUCUUGGGAGGUGCCUGUUGGGGCUGUACUUGUGCAGCACGGGAAGAUUAUUGGUCGUGGUUGUAACCUAGUGGAAGAGCUACGAGACUCCACCGCUCAUGCAGAAAUGAUUUGCAUACGGGAGGCUUCAAACUCGCUACGCACUUGGAGGCUUGCGGAGACGACUCUUUAUGUAACUCUUGAACCAUGUCCCAUGUGUGCUGGAGCAAUACUUCAAGCAAGAGUCAACACUCUUGUAUGGGGAGCUCCCAAUAAGCUUCUUGGAGCUGAUGGCAGCUGGAUUAGACUUUUUCCUGAUGGAGGUGAAGGUGGAAAUGGCUCGGAAUUGUCAGAUAAGCCAGCUGCUCCAGUCCACCCAUUCCACCCAAAAAUGACCAUCCGGCGGGUGUUGGCAUUGGAGUGUGCAGAUGUAAUGCAGCAAUUCUUCCAGCUGAGAAGGAAGAAAGGAAAGAAAGAAGAGCCCCCUCCCCCAUCUGCACAACUUUCUGGUUCUCACCAUCCAUCAAAACUCCUUACAAAGAUGCACGAUAUCUUCCAUGUUUUCUGUUUGUAAGGAUGGUACUGAACCCCGUAUUUCUUCAAGCGGUAAAAAUUUUGUUGAGAAAGAUGUCUGUCCGUAAAAAUCAAAGAAAGUUGGUAUCA